CGAAACAGAACAUCUUGGCAGAACCUGCUGGAGUCAUGUGGCCCAUCUUCUGGGCGAGCGUGCGAACCUAUGCUCCUUACGUUACCUUCCCUGUAGCCUUUGUGGUCGGGGUGGUAGGCUACCAUCUCGAGUGGUUCAUCCGGGGCAAGCCACCUCCACAGACACCUGAGGACGAGAAGAGCAUCUCAGAAAGACGUGAGGACCGCAAGCUCCAAGAGAGUGUUGGGAAGGACCUUACCCAAGUGGUCAGCCUCAAGGACAAGCUGGAAUUUGCCCCCAAAGCUGUUCUCAAUCGGAACCGGCCCGAGAAAAGUUAAGGAAGCUGGCCUUUUUCUUCCUGGCCAAUCAGUUUUUCUUUCAUUUGAGGUCUGAAUUCUUUGAUUUUGAAUGUUGGUCUUCUGUUUCAUAUCAUUGUUGAGCCCACCAGCCCAUGCAAUGUAUAUUUGCCAUUCUCACCAGCUUUGGCGGAUUCCUACAGCUGCUGAGAUCCCACGGAGAUGAGGAUGGACUUUAUGAAUCUUGGUAUUUGGCACUGCCUGCAGAAUGUCUGAUCUUCCAUAAGAAGGUUAUCUAUCUUUUGAUGGAACUGCCUCCAUAGCUAUGGCAAAGGCUCAAUUAGUUCACAUCCCAAAGGUUAAUUCACAUCCAAGGAAGGAUUUGGCUUUUAAAAGGACUGCCCCAAAGUACGUAGACCUCUUUUAAGGGAAGAUCUCUUCUUCAGAUGGCUUGGAGACUUUUUGACUCUGGACAGGCAAAUGAAAAACUGUUCCUGUUUCUACUGGAAACCUUCUCAGUUCAAGGAGAGAACUCUGACUGCUGCCUGAGGCCACCGUUGACCAUAUUUGCACUGUUGCCUCUCAGGAAAUUGUGCAUUUCUUUCCCUGGAAAUUUCUGUUGAAGAGAUUGUGCUGGUUUUUUUGGAACACCGAUCCAUUGUUGAAAUUAAAAAUUUAAAUCAG